AUGCUUCCAGAUGCCUGUGAUCUCACACUGGACCCAAACACAGUAAACAGAAACCUCUCUCUGUCUGAGGAGAACAGAAAGGUGACAUGGAGGAGAGAGGAGCAGCCGUAUCCUGAUCACCCAGAGAGAUUUGACUGGAAACAGGUGCUGUGUAGAGAGGGUCUGACUGGGCGCUGUUACUGGGAGGCAGAGUGGAAUGGGAGAGGGGCUUACAUAGGAGUGACUUAUAAAGGAAUCAGCAGAAAAGGAAGUGGUAAUGACAGUGGGAUUGGAUGGAAUGACAAGUCCUGGAGUCUGUUUUACUCUGUCAACAGUUUUGUUGCCUGGCACAAUGAUAAUCCCACUACCAUAGACGUCCCCCCCUCCAGCUCCCACAGAGUAGGAGUGUAUCUGGAUUGGCCAGCCGGCACUCUGUCCUUCUACAGAGUCUCAUCUGACUCACUGACCCACCUGUACACAUUCUACACCACAUUCACUGAGCCCCUCUAUCCAGGGUUUCAUGUUUGGUUUGAUGCCGCCUCAGUGUCCCUGUGUCAGGUGGUCCCUGUGUAAAACACAACAUGAUGUUUCUAAUCCUGGUCAUGUUCAGUCAGACACACUGGAGCAACAAUGUAGAAUAUCUCUCUAGUCUGUAAACAUAUGAUUGUAAGUAUUCAUGAAUACACACCAUUGAAGUCAUUCAUUAAUAUAAUGAAUCACCACACUGUGUUGUAAAAACUUUUCAUUUAGAAAUCACUGAUCUUGUUAUUGGGCUUCUUGGUGUUUGUAAAUGUUGUUGUCGGUAGAAUGUUUGUCUAAUUCUUUACACAUCAAUCUUGCUUCUGCAUAAACUCAAUUCCACUGAAUGAAAUGUACAUGUGACAGAUGUGACGAAUUAAGGUUAGCAGAUGAAAGAACAGCAGUUCUAAAUGUUUUGUGUUUAAUAAGACAAUAUGACAUUUAAAUAAGUAACACACUCACACACCAGUUUGAGCCAGUUUUUUCCUGUAAAUAAUAACCAUGUUACACUAUA